ACACACCUUCUGUCACUCCAGCUGGACGGGAGACCGAGUCGGACACUGACUUUGACAACUUUGUCAACUAAAUGGUAAACCUGCUUAUUUGCAGUAGGAGUCCCAUCUGAGGAACAGAAGAUCGUCUCAAUGUCCGUCUCAGCCGUCUCAUUGUCCCGUCUGCUCCGAUGCAGCCUGUCCUCGGUGGGCUGGAGCGCCAGGUGUGCGUGUAUGCGUGACCCGACCAUGCCUGGCGUCCGGUGGAACAGCACUCGUCUGGACGCGGACGGAAGCGGACGUCCAGCCACGUGGGAUUCCUUUGGGAUCUGGGAUAACCGGAUAGAGGAGCCCAUCCUGCUGCCUCCCAGCAUCCGCUAUGGAACCCCCAUCCCUCAAAUCAGCCUGUCCAAGGUGGGCUGCGCCUCCCACAUCGGCCGCCGGCGCGACAACGAGGACCGUUUCCAAGUGAACAAACUCAUGCAUAACGUACUGUACUUUGCCCUGUUCGACGGGCACGGAGGACCACAGGCCGCCGACUUCUGUCACAAACACAUGGAGCAGCACAUCAGGGAUUGUUUGGAGGUGGAAACAGAUUUACAAGCAGUUUUGUCUAAAGCGUUCCUGCAAGUAGACGCAGCUUUGGCUGCGGAGCUGCAGAUGUACGGCAACGCCUCCCUCAUGAUGGUGGGCACGACGGCGACGGUGGCGCUGUUGAGAGACGGGAUCGAGCUGGUCGUCGCCAGCGUCGGAGACAGUCGAGCUCUGCUGUGCAGGAAGGGAAAAGCACGCAAACUCACCGACGACCACACGCCAGAGAGGAAAGAUGAGAAACACAGAAUUCGUCAGAGUGGUGGGCUUGUGACCUGGAAUAGCGUUGGUCAGGCUAAUGUUAACGGCCGGUUAGCAAUGACCCGCAGCAUCGGAGACUUCGACUUGAAGAAGAGCGGCGUGAUCGCAGAACCAGAGACCACUCUAACUCUAUUGCAGCACGCUCACGACUCUUUCCUGGUUCUCACCACCGACGGCAUCAACUUCAGCAUGACCAACCAGGAGAUCUGUGACAUCAUCAACCAGUGCCACGACCCCACCGAGGCGGCAAACGUCAUCGCUGAGCAGGCUCUGCAGUACGGCUCGGAGGACAACAGCACAGUCAUUGUCGUCCCGUUUGGAGCCUGGGGAAAACAUCAGAAUGCAGAAUACACGUACGACAUGAGCCGAAACUUCGCCUCCAUCGGCCGCUGGUCCUAACGGCGGUCAAAAGAUCAUGUCAGCAUGAGAAGAAACGCUCCCAAUCAACAAGCACACCACUCGUCUGUGUUCUCCGAGUAAACAAACCAGUCUGAAGAUCAUGAAAACAACUGCUCUUCUGCAACUUCGCAUCCAAAAAGAGAGUAAACGUGGUGGAUUAUUUGGUUUAUUGUUAGGGAACACUCAUUGCAUUAAAUAAUUUAGUCAUUCGUUCAUGAAACAUCAGAAGGAUGAAUUCUGUGUAAAUCAUGUCAACACUGAAUGAAGCCCAUCAAACAAAAGUGAUAACAGGUCACUGAUUAGAUUCAUUAAAAUCUAGCAAAGGGGUCGUUGUAUUUUUAUUUAAGGGUCUUUAUAACUGCUUAUUUAUUGGCUGAAACUGUAUGUAAUUAUAUCUCAGUGUUGAAUACACCAACCCAUACCUGUGCACACCCAUUCAAUAAAUAGUUAAUAUAAUAAUAAUAAUUAUUAUUAUAUUAAAUAGUAAAUGAUAGAAUUUUUCUUAUAUCUUUAGUUUGUUGUGUUUCGUAUUUUGAACAAUUGACUGGUUUUAUCUGACCAAGGGUACAUUUACAUGACAAUAUUACGUAAAAUGGAAAAGCUUUUCAUUUGCGUUUUUGAAAAAUUUCAUUUUGACAACGUUGUCAAAAUGAUCCACGAAAACGACCACUGACUGUAUUAUUCAUUCUGAAUGCUGUAUUAUUCAUGCCAGGCCAGUAGUUGGCGAUGCAAGUAGUUUAUUUGCACUUUAA